AUGCUGCUUUCGCGGCGGGUUGUGUUCUUGUUUAGAGGCUCAGCCGUCAGUCACCACAUUCCAUCAAAACACCGUUGGAUAUCGUCAACGUCACCUCUCAACUCCUCAUGGAUGGAGAAGGUCAAAGGCGUCUUCACUGGCCAAAAGACUGCUUCCGAUACGGCCACCCCCACGGCAGAGUCAUUCACCUUGCUCCGGUUUGCGGAGGAGUUGAGCAAAGCGAGGAAGAUGGGGACUUUGAAGCAAUAUAUAGUGGGGAGGAGUAGUGAGGCUACAUUUGCUGAUGCCUUCGAGAAGCAAGAGGCCAUUAUUAGAUACCUUGGGGGAUUCGAUCCUACUGGAGAGAAUAUUCAAACCGGUCAAAAGCAAGAAGCAGCAAAACAAUGUAAUUGCACAAUAGCGGAUGUUGAAAAUGCUUUAGCAAAGUUUACCUGGGCAAAAGAAGCUCAGAGAAAAAUUGAAAAGUUAAAGGAAGAAGGCAAACCAAUGCCAAAGAGCUUGGCUGAGGUUCAGAAGUUGAUGGGAUCAACCCCCAUGGACGUUGCACGAUCAAACUUGGCCAAGAGUGGAAAGAUAAGUAGAAAUGCGCCUUGUCCCUGUGGUUCCAAAAAGUUCUACAAAAGGUGCUGUGGGAAGGACAAAAGCACUUGA